GUUUCUAUAGGACAGACAAUCUAUGUUCUUGAAAACACCCCCCCUCGCCCAGAGCUUUUGGUUUUAAGAAGCAACGAAGAUCAUGAAGCUUGUCUUAGCCGCUUUCCUGCAAUGGGUUUUGUUUGAAGGACUCCUGAGGGAGAGUGUUUGCACUGAGUGGACGGCACAGCUACCAGAGACCAUAUCCGCAGUAGAAGGAUCUUGCGUGGUUAUCCCCUGCACAUUUACAUACCCCAAAGGUGUGGAAGCAUCCAUCACAGCGGUCUGGUACACGAGUAGAAGCAUAUUUCAGAGCCUCGUAGUGUACAAUGGCGAGGAUCCGCUGAAGGUAGAUGCUCGAUUCCUUGGGCGAGCGUUUCUGAUUGGGAACCUGACGUCUGGCGAUUGCGCUCUGAAGAUUGAUAAAGUGAAGACGACUGAUGGGCAACGUUAUUACGUCUCAUUUCAUGCGAAAGGACAGAAGUUCAGGUUCCAGGAUCAAAAGGUCACACUUAGUGUUUCAAAGACCCCGGAGAAACCCCGUAUAACUAACCCUGGCCUCUUAACAGAAGGACAGCCUGUCACUGUGAACUGCACGACUGAGUACACCUGCCCUUCGAACCCUCCUACUGUAGACUGGGGCGGAGUCAAUGGAACAGUCAUCCUCCAAUACACAGCCAAACAGCAGGUUGCAUGGGCGGUGACCUCCUCAAUCACGUUCACGCCCUCCUACCGGGACAGUCAGAUACAAUGCCAGGUGAAGUAUCCUGGAAGGAACAAUGUGACGGAGCACAGACCAAUACACGUCAAGUACGCUCCUAAAGACACAGAGAUUCUUGUCUGGACUCGCAAUAUUAAAGAAGGCUCCUCAGUCUCAAUGUCCUGCAGCAGUAAAGGAGACCCUCCCAUUUCCAGAUACAGCUGGUUCUUGGUCCAGGGAGGUCAGGAGGUCGACCUGGAGCAACACACAGAGAAGGUUCGAGUCCCCAACGUGACACGUGGAGUACAGUUCUACUGCACAGCUGAGAACAAAAUCGGGCAAACCCAAUCUCCUAGGAAAUCCCUAAACGUAGAAUACAAACCGGAUAUCACAGGGGAAUCAAAGUGCACCUUCAGCCCUGGAGAGAUGGUCUGUCACUGCCUGGUGAACUCGAACCCUCCAGCUCAGAUCCAGUGGAUUGUGAACAGCAGUGCCCAGGACUUCAAUCUCAGUACCUGGAGAAGCGGCGAGUGGGUGACCAGUGUCCUGACCGGGGCACUGCAGGUUCAGACUAACGUUUCCUGCACUGCAUUCAACAAGCACGGAGAGACUGUGUACGUGCUUCCCUUCCACGUCAAAGAGAGCCUGCUAUGGAUGAUUGUUCCUGCUGUUGGAGGGCUAGCCUGCCUGCUCUUUAUUCUCCUCAUAGCAAUAACCGUGUUCUGCUGUAGGAAGAGAAGGGGCAGGCACUUUAUACACCAACCAAGAAUGUACAGUCUUUGUGACACAAGCAUAUACCAAGAAAGCAGCCCUCUGUACAUGAACUGCACAGAGGCCAACCCCAUUUAUACCAACGGGAGCUACCAAAUCCUCUAUGAAAACUGCACACCUAGUUUCGUACGCACACAGCAGCACAGAGCUGCCUGGAGACGCAGAGAGGUGAGGGAAGACAACGGGAGUGCCACGGAGUGCCCCGUGUAUCUGGAAGUGCUCUAAAUCACCAAAAAGUACCUUCUUAACAACGGAAGAACCGUCAACUCCCCAUGUACGUGCCAACUUGUUGGACGUCCGUAUUUUAGACUGGCAGGCUGAUCAACAUGACAAUCCGGGACACAAGCCCUGUGGAAAUGCUGUCUUUUUUCUAAUUUCCAAGAAAUGUUUCAAUUGUAUGAAUCUGAGGGAAACAGUCCAUAUUUACACCAAAUGUACCCAAAUAAAUACAAUGUUUUAGCUUGAAAUUCAACACCUUGACACCAAGGUCAGGUUAGAAAAAACUUGACUUCAACCUCACAGCCUGGUCCUUUAUCCUGUAAGGUUUGAGGCCUCUGCUGUCAGUUGCGUAUCUAGUAAGGAGCCUCUAUUUGAAUGGUGUGAAUGAAAAUCUGAAUGUAUUAAAAAGCCGUUGUUGAUCACUGGCAUGUAAAUAGUUGCACCUUUUCUGUGUUCCACUGCUACGUCCUUAUGCUACCUAAUAAUAGUAUUUUCAGAAUCUGAGCGUCUGUGUUGUGUCAUGUACACCAGUGUUUCUCAACCCUGGUCCUGGAGGCCCACUGUGUCUGCUAGUUUUCAUUCCAACUGAGCUCUCAGUUACUCAACUAAACCCUUAAUUGAACUGAUAAUUUGCUUAAUUAGACUGUUUUAAUUGUUUUCAGCUGUUAAACAGUUGGAGAGUUCAAGUUACUUAAAAAAUGUUAUAGCGAACUUGAAAUCUGAAACUGUUAAGAGCUGAAAACAAUUAAAAAGGUCUAAUUAAGCAAAUUAUCAUUUCAAUUAAGGGUCUAGUGAAGAAAUUGAGAACUCAGUUGAAAUGAAAACCAGCAGCCACAGGGGGUCCCCAGGACCAGGGUUGAGAAACACUGAUGUUGACUGCAUUGGCAGGUCUGUAGUUUUAACAAAUAUUUUAUUUCUGUUUUUCUAAAAGUGCUUUAAAAUCAAGCGUGCAACUGUUUUAGAGAGUUGGAAGUCUUAAUCAUAGUCAAAGAUGUACAUUUUAUACUAACAGUGAACAGCACCAACAUUUUAAUAAAGUAUAAUCAA